GUGAGUGAGGAGGACCGGACUGUAGGACUGUAAUGCUGAGCGCAACGUGAUUGUAGGGCUGAGUGGCGUUUCGCUCGGAGCUCUGCAGGCAUGGCCGCCUGGCCGCCCUGUCUACUCUCCUCUUCCUCCUCCUCCUCCUGCUCCUCCUCCGGAGCUGUGGAGCUCUAACUAAACCCCCCAUACCACACCAGCCGCUCGGAUCACUAUUGACAGGAUUAUAACGCGUCGAAAGAGGGGGUGGGAGGCUGGAAUUAUGAAGCGCUGGCACCAUGUCUAAGGCCACGGUGAAGAAGCUACACUGGCGCUCCAAAGUGCAGGAAAGCUUCGUCCCUCUGGGUGGGGCCUCAGGAGAGUUGGGUGUGGCCAUUGGGGGCGGAGCUGACUACGGCGAGUUCCCAUUUGUCACAGCAGCCCCUGGGGGUGGAGCCACGGUGGGUGACAUCAUCCUAGAGAUCGGCGGCACGCCUGUCCUCGGCAUGACCCUGGGAGAUGUCAGAGGGGUUUUGAACUCGUGUCCCCACCCCAUCCGCAUCAAAACGGUCUCACCAGGCUCCACUCUCUGUAAGGACCUGAGGUUAUAUUUGAGCAAGUGCUUCACACCUGGAUCCAUGGACAGCCAACUCCAGCAGGUCAUUAGAGAGAACCUUUACCUGCGCGCAGUGCCCUGUACCACCAGGCAGCCGCGGGACGGGGAGAUCUCGGGGGUGGACUACAACUUCGUCUCCAUCGAGGAGUUCUUCUCGCUGGAGGAGUCGGGGGCUCUCCUAGAGAGUGGCAAGUUCAAAGGGAACUACUAUGGGACACCGCGGCCAGUCCACAUUGGCCCCGAUAGCCCACCCAUCACCUACCAGGAGCAUCGCAACCUGCUGAGGAACUUCCGCACACGAAGCAAGUCCCUUAGCAACCUGGAGAAGGCUGUGGAGGAAGGGGACAACAGUGAGGAAGACUCAGGUCUCUCAGCGGGAUCAGCAGGGGCGAGCAGCGCCCCACCCACUACAAUCGUCUCCCCCAAUCAGACCUGGGACUCUGGCGGGGCUCGGGACGGGGGUGUUGCCAUGGAGAACGGAGCCCGUGGGGGGGCUCUGCCUGAAAACUGGGAGAUGGCAUUCAGUGACUCAGGAGAACCCUACUACAUCGAUCAUAACUCAAAGACAACGAGCUGGCUGGACCCGCGAACACACAGCAAGGAGAUCGUCAGCAAGACAGAGUUGCCUCCAUUCACAGACCAGCCAUCUGAACUGAAGGGCUAUUCCAUACACACACGCCUGUCCAAAGGCCCACGGGGUUUUGGCUUUAACAUCGUGGGGGGCAGCCGACCCAGAGAGUUCCUACAGGUGUACAGUGUUACACCUGGAGGACCACCUGCGCUUAACACAGCGGACAUCCUGGUAUACAUUAAUGAUACGUGUGUGCUGGGUAUGUCCCAUAAGGAGGUGGUGGAGAUGCUGAAGGCCGUGCCUAUGGGCCACAGUGUGGAUGUGGUGUUGCGCAGAGGUUACCCUAUGCUUUACAAUCCCGACGGCUGCCCCAAGACCAGCCUGUCAUCUCCCUCUGACCCGGCUCCGGGCUCGGCCCAGCCACAGCCUCCCGUCGAGGGGCUCCCCAACCUCAACCGCGCUGUCUCUCUUCACAACGGCUUCUACCCCCGCAUGCAGAAAGAGGCCCUGGAUGCUAACGGAAAUGCGGCGGCUCCGCCCUCUUACCCAAUGCCCAACGGAAAUGCAGCGAGUGGGGCUAUAGGGAUGGUGGGCAUGUCCUCCAACCCACCCCCAGCAAGGCCCGAGAGACUGAGCUCUAGCCACAGCGACACUGAGGUCAGCUCUGCUGUCACACGGAGAGCCUCCCUCAUCCGCACCUACAACAACAACACUCUCCCAGCCCUCUCCCUGGCCCACCAGAGCUCCAAGUCUUCCGAGAGUGAUCUCUCCAGUGGUACUCUGCCUCUCCCUCUCCCUCAGCCUGAGGUGGGCUCUGCAGCUGCCCCGCCGGGCGCCCCAAGCAGCCAGCGGCCCCUCAUGCCCCAGACCUCGCUUGUGGUCUCCACUCCAACAGAGCUCCCACCUUGCGGCUUUAACGGAUGCCCAGCUAAUAAUCAUCCCCCUCGUCCUCCCCCGAGUGGCCUAGGGUCUCCUGGUGGGUCGUCUGGGGCUGGUGCAGGGGGCGAGCUGGUGCCUGUGGCUCUGGGAAGGAGUGAAGGAGGGGGGAUGGGCUUCAGCAUAACAGCCGGUGGCCAGGGUGGACAACUGGCUCUGGUCAAGAGGGUGUGGGACAGACGGCAGUGCCCCUCACUUCAGCCCGGGGACGCCAUCAUCAAGAUCAACGGUGCAGAUGUACAGAGCCUGAGCUUCGCGCAGGUGCAGAGAGUCCUGCAGGAGCAUACCAGACAAGGAGAGGUGGUCUUACUGGUUUACAGAGGAGGAUCUGUAGUCUCACCUGCCUCCCCGAACUACUACAAGACUGUCCCUCCACCCCAGGGCCCCACAGACUUGACCUCCCCCUCCUCAGACGGCCCCACAACCAGCCAGAGCACCCUCUCCCCACAGUCACCCUCUGGUGAGCUCCCUCCACUGGUUCAGAGCACUAGCUUCCUGGACUCAGUACCAGUAACCUUGACCAUGGAGCCCAGAGAUUGGAUGGGGGUGGAGGACAUGUCCGGACAGGGUCCCCGCACAUCAGACCCCGCCCUGGGAGCAGUGUCCAAAACUCCGGCAGACGGGAGAGGAGCGGGACUUCACAAAACUCUAGAGGUAGAGCUGAGAAGAAGGCCGGGAGAGGGCUUUGGGUUUGUCAUCGCCUCCCAGGAUGUCAAGAAUGGAUCCUCGUCGCUUUUCUCUCACAGGUUUGUGACGGUGCGGCGGGGCAGUCCAGCAGCACGGAGUGGUCAGAUCCAGCAUGGUGACCAGCUGGAGGCGGUGGAGGGCAGGUCGGUGGUGGCGCUGCCUCACAGAGACCUGGCUCAGAUACUCCGGCGAGCGGGGAACACACUGCGGCUCACCAUCAUUCCACGCUCCAACACCAAUACCUCCAACCUCUCAGAAUGCACAGACUUUGAUACAGAAAGCAGGUUAAGAAAAGGGCCAAGAUCAAAACAAAAGGACCCACGGUAUUACAGUGUGGAUUUGGAGCGAGGUCCUACUGGUUUUGGCUUCAGUCUGCGAGGAGGGAGUGAGUACAACAUGGGCCUCUAUGUGCUGGGCCUGAUGGAGGGGGGGCCGGCAUCUCGCAGCCAGAAAAUACAGGUGAGCGAUCAGCUGGUGGAGAUUAACGGGGACAGUACAGCAGGAAUGACUCACAGCCAGGCCGUAGAACAGAUCCGCAAAGGAGGACACCGCAUCCACCUGGUCCUGAAGAAAGGCAACGGCUACGUCCCGGACUACGUGGAGCUUUCCAGCUUAUCGCUCUGCAUGACCAACUCCAAGCAGGGCGAGCCUUGCUUCUAUGUCAUCGGCCGGACAGAAAACACGCGGUUGGUAGCCGUUCCUGUUAGUUUUCCUUUUCUUUCUUUUCGGUUUCUUUGCAUUCGCAUCAGUGUUUUUUGCCGCCUUUCAUUUUCUCCCUGCUUUUCAUCUUUCUGUGACUUCUCGAGUUGAUCUUUGAUCUUCAUUUUGCCAUAUUCUUGAUUUGAAACAUAAUAGCCAGAUGUAUCAAGUCAAGGACUUAAAGACUUGAGUCUGAGUUUUCUGGGUGGGUAGGGCUAUCUAUGCAUCAGAUGCAUAAGCAAGCAACAGAUUUAUUUCUUCCUAGUCUUUCUGAUAAAUGUUGUUUAUCAAAAAGAAUGGAAGGUAAUAGUUUAUCUUAGAUAGUAUAAAGGAAUUAUUGUACCACUUGUGAAAAGCAUGUGGAAGUGCAUUGCGCAUGUUGUCCAAGUACAUCGGGGACCCCAUUCACCACCUCCAUUACAAAGUUCAUGUAUCCAAUUACAGCAAUUUGUUAAGAGCAGUGAAAGUAAUCGGGACAUAGUGUUCUUCUAUUAAAGUUUCAUUAACAGUUCUGUAAAAAAAAUGUACAUAAUUUCACUCAUACCACAAAUGUAGUGAAUUAAACAAGACUUCUUUACUGUUUAAAGUUAGCUACUGUUUAAAGUUAGUUUUACACUGGAGCUGCUGGAGUAAUGGAGUCAUGUAUCAUAUACCAGAUGCAAGCUGCACAGAUAAAUCAUCACACGCUUUCCGUAAACCACACUGAAUUGCCAAGUACUUGUACUAUUUUACUAUUGUUUUUUCUAUAUGUAAAGGCACAUCUGUGUGUGUGGGUGUGUGUGUGUGUGUGUGGGUCUGUGUGUGUGUGUGUGUGUGUAAACACAAUGGGCCCAGCUUGGCUAAAACGUCAUGUGCGCUGUAGGCCGAAUUAAGAUCUGAUCAGUAUCCAAAUAGCGAACAGAGCCCUCAAUGUUUGAACAGUUUAAGCAGAUGAGUUGGAGCAGAUCAGCAACCAAAAUAAACCUUUUUGAUUAAUAAUCCAAAAAUAAACUAACAAGAUUUUCAGUUCCCCAAUAAAUGUUAAACCAUAAAUUGAACAACAGCUGCUGAGUACUGAAAAGUGCUACAGAGAGCAGUGGAGCUGGUUAUACUAAUGCUAAUGCUAGCUUAGCAGGCUAAUAACUUAGCUUAACAUACCACAGAAUAUGUUAGAUCCUGUCUUUCUGUCACUCAAAUUCAGUCGCUCAAUUUUGAGGCUUAAUAAUCUACUUGUGCCAAUAGAUAAUCUGUGAGCCGGAAACAAACAGUAUAUUUGACAGUUUAUGUGGAACGUAAAUUUAACACAGCCAGAAUUUUAGCUAACAGCUAGCUUCACAGUCCAUCUCAAACAAGUUAACCACAAUAGCACAGUCCAAACAUCUUAAAUCAGUUAACCACGAUAGCGCAGUCCAGACAUCUCAAACAAGUUAACCACGAUAGAGCAGUCCAGACAUCUCAAACAAGUUAACCAUGAUAGCACAGUCCAAACAUCUCAAACAAGUUAACCACGAUAGCACAGUCCAAACAUCUCAAACAAGUUAACCACGAUAGCGCAGUCCUCAAACAAGUUAACCAUGAUAGCGCAGUCCUCAAACAAGUUAACCACGAUAGCACAGUCCAGACAUCUCAAACAAGUUAACCACAAUAGCGCAGUCCAAACGUCUUAAAUCAGUUAACCACGAUAGCGCAGUCCAAACAUCUCAAACACAUUGUACUCCUGUCAUUAACAUGUUGUAGUACACUGGACAGUUAUAGGUCCAAGCUUAUUCAUGACAUACAAAGCUAAGCUGCUUUGUAGCCCCACAAAAAAAAAAAACUUUUUCCAAUACUAAGAAAGCUUUUGUUUUCAAUGGAGAAAUGUGAACUCUGCAAUAUGGUAACACAUUUGACAUGAAUACCAAACCAUAUAAUCUCAGUUGGCCAUCCUCUUAGCACUUUUUACAUCAAACUCAUCAAAUUGUCUUGACUGAAUACAUUUGGACUAAGGGGAAAAUUGUGGACCCCCAGUUGUUUCAUUGAACUGUCGCUUGCCCAGUUCAUUAAUUCCAAUAUGCUGUGCCUUUAGCUUCAUUAGCUUAGAGGAAGCAUAUAGUUUUAUAUUUCCAGCUAGGUCCUUUCUUUCACAUCCAGACCCAUAUCUCUCCCUCUC